AUGCUCCUCAGCCAGCUGACCCCUCUCCUGAGCCUGCUCAGUGGAGCCUGGCUACCCAGAGGUUUGGGGAGGCCUGGACCCCGUGGUCCCCCACCCCAGCCCUGGGCUGCCGCCAAUCAGACCCAAACUCUGGGCCAAGGGGCCCUGGCCUCCCCAGUGCCAUCCUCUGCUCUCAGCAGUUGGAAGGCCUUCUUGGAUCUGCAGAAAACCGGGCGUAUAGGAACAAGUGGGCUGCAGCGUGGGGAGCAGGUGACCACCGCCAUGUCUCUCCCGCUGAACCCACAGGAAGUGGCCCAUGAGAUGUGCAAGGCUGUGCCCUUCACUCAGGUGCUCUCCCAGCCGGGAUGCAUGACCGUGCGCCUCCGCAAUCACCUCUGCUUUGGCCACUGCUCCUCACUCUACGUCCCUGGUGUGGACUCUGCCCCGCUUGUCCUCUGCAACAGCUGUGUGCCCACUCAAAGGCGCCGGGCACCCGUGUUCCUGUGGUGUUGGGUGGGCAGCCCAACCUCUCGUCGGCGGGUGAAGACAUCCAUGGUGCUGGUCGAGAGAUGUCAGUGCAGCCCGAAGGCAUGA